AGAGAGCGUGCUUUUGCGCUGAAAUCAUCUCGCGAUAACGUUUUGAAUGUGUUUUAUAUGAAAACAGUGGCUAUUUAUUUACUCGAUAUGUGUCCACAGUAAAGUAUUUGUGAUUUAUUCAAGUGUUGUGUGCUGAUUUAGUUUGUUCAAUAGAACCUAAAAAAGAACAAGGUUUGUGGUGUUUGUGCUUACAACGUUUUAGGAUUUUGAAUUCGUGACUCUACGUGGAUAACGCUAGACUUCCAGGCAUAGCACAAUGCCGGAAGAGACCAAAGUGGAGGCGGAUGCACCUCAUAGUCCUGCCAAGCAAAAACGGUCAUCAGGUGGAAGAACUGUUUUGGCUAAAGUCGACCUCCUAGAUGGAUCAGUUCUUGAUCUCCAUAUUGAACGUAAAGUUAAAGCAAAGGAGCUGCUGGAUAAAAUAUGUGAAGCCUUAAAUAUUUUGGAAAAAGAUUUCUUUGGCCUUAUCUACAGUACACCAUCUGAUCCCAGAGUCUGGCUGGAUCCAGAAAGACCAGUUGCUAAGUUUCUUAAAUCUGAACCAUGGCGUGUUGCAUUCGAAGUAAAAUUCUACCCACCAGAGCCGGCUCAAUUACACGAGGACAUAACACGUUAUCAUUUGUGCCUUCAAGUCCGCAAUGAUAUCCUUCAAGGAAGAUUGCCUUGCUCCUUCGUUACGCACGCUCUUUUGGGCAGUUACCUAGUUCAGAGCGAAUUGGGCGAUUACGAUACCCAGGAAAUGGGUAGAACAUAUUUGAAAGACUUCAAAUUUGCACCAAAUCAAACACAAGAAUUAGAAGAAAAAGUUAUGGACCUUCAUAAAACACAUAAAGGUCAAACUCCGGCCGAGGCAGAAUUGCAUUACUUAGAAAACGCUAAGAAAUUGGCAAUGUAUGGAGUCCACUUACAUCCUGCUAAAGACUCGGAAGGUGUAGAUAUCAUGCUAGGAGUUUGUUCUUCAGGACUCUUGGUCUAUAGAGAAAAAUUGCGAAUAAAUCGUUUCGCAUGGCCAAAGAUAUUGAAAAUAUCUUACAAACGUCAUAAUUAUUAUAUAAAAAUUAGACCUGGAGAAUUUGAACAAUAUGAAUCGACCAUAGGAUUUAAAUUAGCAAACCAUCGUGCCGCUAAGAAGUUCUGGAAAAUAUGUGUAGAACAUCAUACAUUCUUUAGAUUGAUGACUCCAGAGCCUAUGCAAAAGGACACAUUCUUCCCGCGUUUUGGCUCAAAAUUCCGCUAUUCAGGCAGAACACAUUAUGAGACCAAACGCGCAACUGUUGAUCGUCCAGCUCCUCAAUUUAGCCGAUCUCUCAAAGGCGAAAGGCUGGCUUCCCGUAGUAUGGAUGUUUUAGCGGCAAAUAAGGACGCAGAAAAAGACAACAAACGUCACACCAUGUCUCAUCCACCAGAACACAUUCCUGAAUUAGAAGGACAUCUUUCAAGAAGCCCAAUUCACAAAGACAAAAAAGAGAAAUUGAUACGACAAGCGAGUACAGGGACGAACUCGGCAUCGUCCCAAAGUUCACUUGAAGGCGAAUAUGAUGCGGACACUGAAAAGAAACCUUCUGGUGGCGUUUCUGUGCUGCCUACAGGAGGCCUAUUUGGAAAGAGAAGUAAAAGCCAAGAAAAAGAUAAAGAAAAUAAUCAACCACGUGAAACUCUCAACGGUGAUGGCGAUCCGAACGAAACUCUUAGUUCUACCGAUAAUGAGAAAACACCUUCUGGAAAAAGACGGAGCGGCUUCAUGUUUGCUUCUGGCCGCCGCGAUAAAAGCGAUAAAGAAAAAACUCCUAAAGAGAAGAAAGAAAAGGUUCCUAAAGAUAAAGAUGUCAAAGAAAAAGAACCUAAAGAAAAGGAAACUAAAGAAAAAUCCCUGAAGGAUAAAUUCUUAAAAGAUAAGUCUUCUAAAGAGCCGAAAGAUAAAAAGACUAAAGAACCUAAAUCCAAAUCUAAAGUUGCACUUUUGGAUACAUCAAAUGAUUCAAAUCAAACUUCAAACCUUGAUUCUAGUUUAGAUAAGUCUGGUAAAGAAUCUGACAAAAGCAGAACUCUUGAAUCUCCUGAACCCAGCUCCCCUCAAUUACCUGGAUAUACAAAACAGUAUGAAUAUUCUGAAGCAGAUCCCAAUAAAAGUCCAACCAGAAAACCAUUUGUAAGCGGUUUCAAAUACGAGAAGGAUCCUAAGAAUAAAUCUGGAGCUAAACCUAAUGAAGAACAAUUGAGUCCGAAUUCAGAAAUGAGACGAGCUACAGGUUUGGCAUUUAACUACGCUCCAGGUGAAGAUAAAAAAGUUGCGGAGAGUGCUGAGAAACGAAAAACUACCGGAAACGAUAACGCAAAGACUCCUGGGAAAGAUAUUGCUGGCAUAUUAAAACCAGGUGUUGUCGGUUAUGUUGAUCCGGAAGCUGAUUCUAAAUUGGGAUCAAAGGAUCCUAAGAAAUAUUCUCCUAAUGAGAAGGUAAUUUCAAAAGCAUCGCCAGGAGUUUAUCGUCACUUUGGCCCUGACGGUUCUAUCAUUGAUCAGAAAUCUCCAUUAGAUCCUAAUGCAGGUCUUUUAGAUUCUGAAAGAGGCGCCGCGUUAGGUGCUGGUGUAACAGCUCCUGGAUCUGCUAAGCCGAAAAAGAAGCUUGUGAAAAUCAUGGUCAUUGUUUCUAAAUUAGAUCCAAAAUCUAAGAAGUUAGAUGCUCCUAAUGGCCAAGUUGAACAUUCUACUGGAGUAUUAAAUACCGAUACUGGUCUUAUUGAAACUAAAUAUGGUCUUUUGGAUCCUCAUUCCGGUAAAAUGGAAAUUACAGAUCCACAAACAGGACAGAAAGAUGUUAACCAAGGUAUCGUUGAUCCUAAAACGCAUCAAGUACUAUUCACCUCCAGAGUUGUAGAUCCAUCAACCGGUAGAGUGAAUCCUGAAUUAGGCCAACUUGUAUGUGUUGCUAAACAAGAUGAUCCUAUGAUUGAAAUAACAACCAUAACUGCAAAAUUAGACCCUAAGAGUAACAAAAUUGAUGCAAUUAACGGUGAGAUUGAACACUCUAAGGGCAGAUUAAAUUCUGUAACCGGCUUUAUAGAAACCAAGUAUGGUGCCAUAGAUCCAAAAACUGGUCACGUUAAGGUUAAAGAUCCAAAGACAGGAAAAGAGCAGGUUAAACAAGGUGUUAUUGAUGAUAUCACUGGUCAAAUAUUAAUUGCAGGCGUUGUUGAUCCAAAAUCUGGAAAAGUAGAUCCCACUCUGGGACAACUGAUUGCUAUUGGAGCUCAAAUUGAACCAGUCGUCGAAGUUGUUACCAUAAGUGGCAAAGUAGACUCCAAAAAAGGAAUAAUUGAUCCAAAAACCGCAGUUGUUGAUAUAUCUACUGGUCAACUUAACCCAGAUAAUGGAAAAAUCGACACUAAGUACGGGCAAUUCGAUAUUGAUAAACAUAAUGUUUCAUACACGGAUCCAAAAUCAGGAAAAACUGAAGUAAAAGAUUAUAAAGUAGAUACGCAAACCGGCCAAAUUUUAUUAAAAGGAACGCAAUUGAAUCCCAAAACUGGAAAAGUCGAUAAAGAUUUGGGCAGGCUUAUAUCUAUAAGAAUUGUACAUUAUAAAGUAGACCCGGCUACUGGCAAGGUUGUUGAGACAGAUCCAAGUCUAGUGAAAGUGGAUCCCAAAACCAAUCAAUUAUGGAUUCCUGGACCUAAAGAUCCUAACACUGGAGAAACUUCUUACACAACUGGUCAGAUAGAUCCAAAAACCGGGUACAUAAUGACGAUUUAUGGAUACCUGGAUCCUAAAACUUCUCAGAUUGUGAAAACCACAAAAGUGGAUCCUGCCGUAACAAAAUUGGAUCCUGCCACUGGACAAGUUUACAAGGCAACAGGGCUUACAGAAGGCGGAGAACCUACUUACUCAGCGUCUCAAAUUGACCCGUUGACCGGUGAAAUUUAUACUAAAGUUGGAAAAAUUGAUCCAAAAACUGGAAAACUCGUUAUUAUUAAGAUUUAUAUUCUUACCAAGAAAGACGACAGAGGUAAACCUCAGGAAGUAGACCCGACAUCGUGUCAAAUUGAUCCUAAUACCGGUAAAAUAAUGAACGUAAUGACGAAAACAGUAUAUGUUUAUAAUAUGGUUGAUCCGAUUACUGGUGAAAUUAUGCAAGUGGACCCCAACGAUCCUAGAGUACGUGGAGCCACUACGACGGUAACACAAACUAUGACUUUAACUGGCGAAAUUGACCCUGUGACUGGUAGAAUUCGAACAGAAUAUGGUGAAAUAGAUCCAAAUACUGGUGAUAUAGAACCAUCGACUGCAGUACGCGAUCCAGUCACUGGAAAACUGAUUUUGAAUUACGCACAAAUUGACCCAAGCCACUUCGGAAAAGAAACGGACAUCAGUGUUAAAACUGAAAGAUUUACGCGAUCUCCUGACGAGCUUGGCAAAUCAUCUGGAAUAUUCUCUACAUUCGGCAAGACACCUAGAAUUAAAAGGGACUCUGGAGAUGAAUCAGACGAUGAUCUUGAUCAAUACAAUUCAGAAAAUUAUAAAGAUCUUAGUGCCACGGCUAAUUUGAACAUUUCUAAAGGAAAACAGAAGGCAAUUGGAACUCCAACGGUUGUAAAAACUACGACGAAACAAAUGUUGACGAGAAACGACGAAGGUGUUACACAUAAUGUUCAUGAAGAAAUUAAAAACUUGGGAACCGGAGAAGUCACAUUCUCCACACAAACGAAUAAGGCUGAGGCUGCUCCUGGUGCGAUUGGCGACGAAGCUGGUAAGUUACCGCACAUCACCGCCCGCGCGGUGACGACGCGCACUGCCACUACACACGAAGAUUUAGGGACAAAUGCCAGGCGGCAGCAGUUGGAGGAAAAAACGGUAGCCCAUACCACCACUUCUUCGGCGAAUAGGCAGGAACAAAAAGUUGUUACGCAGGAAGUGAAAACGACCAGCACGGUCACCAGUGCGGAUCAGUUCAAUCGAAGAGGAAGCAUUACAUCGUCCAGCAGUGGUGACUCUGGUACACCUAUUGAUUUUGAUUCCUCAUUGCCACAGGACGGUUCUCUUGUGAAGUCUAAUGUAUCUGGUACCCAAGACAUUGAUCCAUCGAGAACUCAGGAGUUUAUAGGAGGUGUGCCAAUAGUUUCUACAGAAUCUCGCAGAGUUGUCCUAGGAGAAGAUGGUGAAGGUUACAUUGUCACCGGAGAAAUUGUAUCAUCCCAAACCAUCAGUUCCAAAACGAGGACCGUCGAAACAGUCACGUACAAAACUGAAAAGGAUGGAGUAGUAGAAACCAGAGUGGAACAAACAAUAACGAUACAGAGUGAUGGUGAUCCAAUCGACCACGAUAGAGCCUUGGCUGAAGCUAUUCAGGAAGCAACUGCUAUGAAUCCAGACAUGACUGUUGAAAAAAUUGAAAUACAACAACAGGCGGCACCCCAAUAG